GCCACCACGCAUUCCCUCACGGUGGUGUUUCACGACCAGGCCGACCAGAAAAUAAUCUGUUGGUUAUUUUUCAACAAUUCUGAAGAAAAAAUAAAGCUCUUCGACAGACGCGUGUUCUCGUGGUCGAAGCAAGAUUAUUUUGGGUCGAAGAAUCAGAGUCAGUGCGCGGUUUUUUGAAUUUUUCUGAAGUGCUUUUUCGAAAAAAAUCUCGCAUUUUGUCGAAAUGGCUGCCGUAGCUGCUGCUCAGAAGAACAGGGAGAUGUUCGCUAUCAAGAAAAGUUACAGUAUUGAGAAUGGAUAUCCAGCCAGGCGUAGAUCACUCGUUGAUGAUGCCAGGUUCGAAACGUUGGUCGUGAAACAAACCAAGCAAACCGUUUUGGAUGAGGCUAGACUCAGAGCUAAUGACUCUAGUGUAGAUCCAGACAUUGAAAACGAACAAUGCAACCAAAGAGCAGAAGACAACAAAGACGAUUCCGGACUUACCGAAGAAGAAGUCGUCCUCAACAACGCUAUCACCGAGGACCCAGACUCGGAAAAGAUCAUCCAAAGAGCCGCCCUCAUCUUGCGCCUGCGCGAGGGCAUGAACUCCCUCUCCAGAGUGCUGAAACUCAUCGAAAAGUACAAUGGAACCGUGGUUCAUCUUGAAACCCGCCCCAACGCCAACGAAACCGCUCAACUUGACGCCCUGAUCAAGAUCGACAUGUCCAGACUCAACAUGCUUCAACUGUUGAAGAACUUGAGGCAAUCGCAGACUCUCGAGCACACCACUUUGAUCGGUGAGGAUAACAUCUCGGCUAAGAACCCUUGGUUCCCCAGGCAUGCUAGCGAGUUGGACGAUUGUAAUCAUUUGAUGACUAAGUACGAGCCUGAUCUGGAUAUGAACCAUCCUGGGUUCGCUGAUAAGGAAUACAGGGCUAGGCGUAAAGAAAUUGCUGAGAUUGCUUUUGCUUAUAAAUAUGGAGACUCAGUACCAUACAUCAAGUACACCGAAACCGAGAACAAGACCUGGAAAUCGGUGUUCACCACCGUCCAGGAACUGACCCAGAAGCACGCAUGCGCCGAGUACCGCCGCGUCUUCAAACUGCUCCAGGAAGAAGGCCUCUUUAACGAAGAAAAGAUUCCCCAAUUGGAGGAAAUGUCGAAAUUCAUGCAGAAACACACCGGUUUCACCCUGAGACCCGCCGCUGGCCUUUUGACAGCCAGGGAUUUCCUGGCCUCGCUGGCAUUCAGGAUCUUCCAGAGCACUCAGUAUAUACGUCACGUGAAUUCUCCGUUUCACACACCUGAACCUGACGCAAUUCACGAAAUCCUUGGUCACAUGCCUUUAUUAGCUGACCCCAGCUUUGCUCAAUUCUCACAAGAAAUUGGUCUGGCCUCUUUGGGAGCAUCUGACGAAGAAAUCGAAAAACUCAGCACUGUAUACUGGUUCACUGUUGAAUUCGGUCUCUGCAAAGAAGGUGGCGAAACCAAAGUCUACGGAGCCGGUCUUUUAUCAGCCUACGGCGAACUCCUCCACGCCCUCUCUGACAAACCCGAGCACAGACCCUUCGAACCCGCAUCCACAGCUGUCCAACCCUACCAAGACCAAGAGUACCAACCGAUCUACUACGUAGCCGAGAGCAUCGAAGACAUGAAGGACAAAUUCCGCAGAUGGGUCAGCGCCAUGUCCCGACCCUUCGAAGUCAGGUUCAACCCUCACACUCAACGCGUCGAAGUUCUGGACACCGUUGAAAAAAUGGAGAGUUUGGUGCACCAACUCAACACCGAGGUGCUCCAUCUGUCCAACGCUAUCAACAAAAUGAAGGCUCCCAGUCUGAGUUAAAUCAACUCUCUCCCUUGUUGCUCGAUCUAGUUAGGUUGUGUUGUUGUAAAGAGAAAAAAAUCUAUUUUCUAGUUUUGUUUUAUUUAUAGUGUUUUUUUCUUCGAUGUAAUAUAUCAAUUUUUUAGUUAAUUUAUGUAAAAAAGAUCGUAGUAUUAGUAUUAUUUAAGUAUUACUUAGUGUUAAGGUUGUUUGAAUUCGUGUGCGAGAUAUUUGCACCCUUUAUGUGAUGAUGUCGUGUCUAAGUACCCUUUUUUAUUGUUUAAAAGACAAAUGGCUCAACGGUUUGCGUUUUUUUAGUCUGAUAUAAACCCCGUUCCUCAUGAAUCAAUGCAUCUUUUUUUGUUUUGAGUUAAUAAUGCAAGUAACACGAAGGUUUUGUGUUUUAAGUUUCUUUUUUGAGGGUUUUGAAGGAGCUGCGCAAACUUAUAGGUCAUGAGUAUAAUUUAUAUUAUUUAUGUAAGUGGCACCCGUGCACUUAAAGCUAUUAUUGUAUAUAAAUCUAUAUUAUUGUGAGUUAGAAGUGUAGAAAAAAUAAAUAAACGUGCAAUCAUGAA